AACAAGUUGUCGACAUACCGUGUAAGACCCACGUCGUGCCACCUUCGCCACGGCCCGCCAGUCAGUUCGCGUCAUGCUGCCGCCUACACGUGAGUCCAAGCCGCUUCUCCAUGCAAAGGGACGGCACCCAUUCGCCGCCUACCUCCAGCUCGGGUUGACCAUCGCGGGAUGCUUUACAAUCUUUGCUGUUGUGUUCUUUUGCAUGAACGCGCCGAGAUCAUCGCAAGACGCGACGGGUGUCGCCAACAUGCCGAAAACGUCGUCGUGGAUGGCGCAGACGAGGCGCGCGGCGACGUGCCCCGACGUCGCGCCGCAGAACCGUGUCAUUCUGUUCUGGCAGUCCGAAGUCACUGGCUGCGAACAGGUCCCUGAUGGCGUCACCCAUGUCGUGUUUGGCUUUGCCCAAACGUUUGGCGGCCGCGUGAACCCGACGUUUCAAGGCAACAUUGCGCCUUGCGUCCAAGCGCUGCGGCAGCGUUGCAUGUACGUGAUGGGUGCCGUCGGCGGCGCAAACAACAAUGCCGGCAUGAGCACGAUCCACGAUCCGGACGCAUUCGCCGCCAGCGUCAAGGCGUUCGUGGACCAGUACCUGCUGGACGGCGUCGACAUUGACGACGAAACCAACUACUUUGAAGGUCUGUACAACGAUCAGCGCGUCCGGGCGUAUAUGGAGGCCCUGCACACGACGCUCAAGUCCAACGGGAACGACUACCUCAUCUCGUACGACGCGUACAUGCUCGAAACGAGCGCCGAGUGCUGGAAGACGUCGCGGUGCUUUGCGACUGGAAUCGACGCAUAUGUGGACUGGAUCAACAUCAUGGCGUACAACGUCGACACGAAUGCCGCCCAUGCCAACCAAGUCUAUGCGAGCGCGACCAAGACAGUAUUUGAAGCAUGGGCCGCCAAAGUCCCGCGGGACAAGAUCGCGCUCGGCAUGUGCAUGGGCGCCGCGUGCUCGUAUGGCUCGGGUCCUCAGUCGUGGGUCGUGCAGUCGUGGGUCCAGUACAACUACGCGGCGCACAUGGGGGGCAUGAUGGUGUAUGCCGGGUCGACCGACGUCGACAUGGGAUUCGAAACGACCCACCAAAUCGUGCAGUGGAUGCGGGAAGCUACCAAGACGUUUGGAGCAUUGUCCCGUGGAAGUAGUCGGCCACGGCUGACUGCCGCGCCAGCGGCGACUUCGCCAAUGUUCACCCCACGACGUGUACGCGACAGCGCCGUGUGCGGCACGUGCUCCAAUUGCUUUUACCCGCCCACGCAGGGAUGCUACAUUGGGUGGACCUUUGACCAGUGCAUCGCGUCGGCGUUUACGUGGUGUGGGCAGUAGUGGAACGGUGGUCGCGUCGAUUGUAAACAUGGCGCUAUUCCGUUGA